CUCUUUAUCUCUCUCUUUUGAGUACUUCGGCGAGUCUACAACCGUUCAGGUCAGAUAGGUCCUGACGAAGGUCUUGUAAGCUCUUACUCAGCGCAUGCGUCAUCCGUUGCCCUUCGAGCCUGAUGCCAUCUGCGUUCGUUGCGCCUCAGCGACCCGUGUUACGCUUUUUGAUGUGUCAGCCUAAAUAAAAAGAUCACCUCAGCCGGCCACGCCCCCACCAGUGGCCAUGGUUCCCCCCUGACUGCGGUAAACCUUACUAAACGCCACUAAUAUAGUUUCCGCCGUUCGAGGAUGAAGAAGAAGCCGAGUGAUGACAUACGUCCUUUCCCUGGUGAUGAAAUGAAAUUGUGCUGAGUAGCCAAGCGACAACCCCGCCUCCCCCGUGACCUAUAGAGGUACGAUCAAAAACUUCGUAUGCAUCCAUCUAUAAAUACUGUACUUCGUCGUGUGUUACUAACUCGUCGUCAUCACUUUCCGAAAACAAAUUUCAGAAUGGUUUCCGACGACAACAAGAUCGUAAUCGACGAACGAUACCUAGACUCGCUCCAUAUUAAUCACAGAGCAUUGGCAUUGUACGCUCUUGGUGCGAGUGGCACAUCGAUUAGGAAGUUUUACGACCUAGACUGUAAGAAACAACGCCCCGCGAUAGAGACUCCCGAAGCUAUAACUUCAGCUAACUUUGUCGAUCAUCUGGGAGACGAAAAGUACUACAAAGGAUACGCUGCUUUCUUCAGCGAGGAGAUCGACGCCAAGGGCGCUCCCCAAGUCUUGGAGGAGUAUGUCUUCUCGGACAAGUUCCAAUACCAAGAGGGAGCAUCCAACCAUCCUGAGUUAUUAGCUCGUCUUACCUCUGGUGUCAUGCACUCGAUGAUCCAUGUCGGUUACGGACUGGAAUUUGGUUUGAAGGGUAUGAUCGUCGAAGGUUUGGCACUGUGUGCAGUCGAGGACCCAGAUGCGAAGGGUUUCUAUCCCCCUUCCUUCUUCUCUGGGGAGCAGGGUAACCUAGAGGAAACGACGCAGCUCUUCACUCACGCCUUCGACGUGAUUGCUCGCAUGUUGAAAGACGAUCGCCUCAAAGUGGACGGUGUGCCGAGCAGUGCGCAGGUGGUCAUUCGCUCACAUGUGGCCCGCAUCCGUCAGUAUGCAGCCCAGUGGACCAUCGACACCUCGAAGCCAGGGGAGAUCGAGAGGAAGAUGGAGGAGUUGAUUUGGACCGCUUCGGUAAUUUACGCUGUUGGUGGAUAUGAUGAGGGGAAAGGGUUUGCAGCAGAAUUCUUCUUGAUGCACGUUGUGACAUCGAGCUUGUUUCUGCCUUCCUACCUACAGACGAUUCUGACGUGGUGGUCUUUCAUGACAUCGACCCCUACCGAACCUGCCUCCGCCGACAAAAAACCAAUCUCCAACCCUUUCCUUCCGAUCAUUCAGUCUACCAUCGUCCACCCCGACGAUCACCUACCCAAGAUCCAACGUGCGUUCGCGCACUAUAGCACUCUGCUCGGAGCCAAACCGGCGGGCUAUCACAAGGAUACGGAGCUCGAAGAUGCUGAACUUCUGGAUGGAUCACUGUUCGUUCGCGCGGCUGUGCUGACGGAUCGAUACAUGGAUUCGAAGAAAGGGGAGACAAUCUUCUUUUGGCACAUGAGUGGUUUCUUUGAGUAAGUGAACGACUGACCCAAGUGUACUAUUACAACGAGCACGUUUUUGUAUGUAUGAGAUAUGUUCUGGACUGUUGUUCCCCACUCA